AUGACGUCAGUCACCAAUUUAAAAACGAACUUAUAUUCCUAUGGACAAACACUAAAAAUGUGUGAAUUUCUUAUUAAAGGUGAUAGUUAUUUUAAAGGUAAAAAUGUCGAUACGACGAAAAUUAACAAAGAAAUAUCCAUCAAAAGUUAUUGUAGUAACGAUGAUUGUAAAACAAAUGAAGAACGUAUUAAUGCUUUGACCGUAUAUAUAUAUAUGGAAUUCAAAAAAUCAAUAAGAAAAACUUAUUAUAAUAAGUAUGAUGAAUGUUUCUUGAUGUGGGUAAGUGAUAAAUUAUUUAGGAUACAUAACAAAAGCAAAGGCAAAAAGGAUAAAACACGUUAUAUUGAUACUAUUAUUUUAAAAAGUGCUUAUGAGAAAUAUUUAAAGAAUCAUAAAGUAAAAUUGGAUUAUUGGGAACUUUUUGAUAGUAUAAAGGGUUUGAAAGAAGCUUAUCUUAGGUAUAUGGCCGAAUUUUAUUUAUUACUUAUUAGAAUAUGUAAAACAGUUGUAGAUUAUAAAGAUAACGGUGCUGGAAGUAAUAAUCUUUCUAAAUAUUCUGACCAUUGCCUUACUCAAUAUAGAAGCCUUUAUUUAAGCAUUUCUGAAUGCAACUCAUAUCUUCGUUUAUUGAAUAAAUUAAAAGGUAUAUAUGAUGAUUUUAGAAGUUAUGCUAUUAAGAAAAAUGGUUCAAAAAAUGAUUUAGAAACUAAUCUUAAAAAACUGACAAACCCAGAUGGAGUAGAAAUGGAUGCGGUAAGAAGUUUUAAACCAUAUAUAAUCACUAAAAAAAAAUGUUAUUCUCAAAAAAAAAAAGCGGGCCCACCACCAUUACAAUUUUCUUCAAAAAAAGAACCACCGCCGCCACAAUCAGAACCACAACCAGCACCACCAUCAUCACAAAAAUCUCAAGGAGGGUCAAAUGGUCAAGAUCCACCAAACAUUUCAGACAGUAGUAAAAAAAAUACAGGGGGGGGUGGAAGUAGCGGAGACGUAAAUCCUGGUGAUAGAUCAAAUGGUCCCACAUCAAGUACAUCAGAAGGAUCCUUUGAUUGGGGGUCAUCAAUUUUUAAAUUUAUAUUAAAUGGAACGGAAAUUUUGAAAAAAACUUCCGAUUUUAUUGAUCAAAAUCAGAAAAAGGUUAAAGAAGUUACGGAUAAAAUCAUUAAUGUAUAUAAUGGCGCUAUGGAUGAUUUAAAAAAGGUUUACGAUAAAUCUAAUAAAUAUUUAAAUAAUUUUAUUAGUAAUGUAACUAGCCAUUUGAAUAGCAUCGGUGCUCCUUCUAAACCAGAUGGUAACCCGUCUGAACCCGAAAAAUCAAUAAAUGGAGGAGAUUCACCAAGCCAGUUACCAUCAAAUUCACCAACUGCACCAAUAGAUCCAACAGAUUCAUCAACUUCGAAAAAAGAUCCACCACCAAACCUAGCACCCAGUCCAAUACCACAAAAACAACCAUCUCCCCAAUCGCAGCAUAUCAUACAUCAAACCCCAGAUGUCCCAGCUCAAGUCAAUCAACCUAACUCCCAACAAAUUGGUCAAUUGGUAAACUCACUAAGUUCUAACCCAAAUUUGAAAAAAACAUGGAAUAUAUUUCCAACUACAUGGAAUGGAUCAGGGGAUUGUAAACCCGAAAUAAAAUUUAUGAAUGCCACAUUAGUAUGUUGUACAUCUAAGCAGUGUAGUUUAACUGGUGUUUCGGUUACACUUAUUUUAAUACCCAUUAUUUUAUUAAUUGCAUAUAAGUGUUUAUCGUUUGGAUCAUCAAAAAAAUCGGAAAAAAAAAACAUGAAGGGAGUUAUAAAAUUAGUUGAUGGAAACAGAAAGACAAAAAUAAUUAUAAGUUCAGAUGAUAGGAUCAAACGCCUAAAACCGGUUAUAAAUUCAGUUGGUAGAAAAAAAGAUCCAUUAUUAAAUAUAUACAAACUUAUGCAGGCUGAUCCUAUACCAUUUAUUAAUUUAUUUUUUUUGUUAAUUUUUUUUGUCUAUAAAAGAAAAUCCGAUUGUUUGGAAUUAUAA